AAGCCUUUCGUGAUACGGUGAUAAAAAAUGACUCGAGUGAGUUGAUAAGUCGCCGAGUUCCGAGAGCAGGUAAAAGCCGGUAGUGUGUAUGUGUGUGUUGUCAGCGCGAAGAGCAAUAUCUCGAACUUCGUUACUACGCACUUCACCGCGUCGACGUCAAGUUGUGCAGAGAUGGCAGACGUCGGAGAGGACCAGAAUUCCGAGGAACAGUUUUUGGACCAACUGAUCAGGAAACCGAGGUAUGCCUCUUGUCGCGAAGCACUCAACGACAUGAGGCUGAGGCUGAAAGAAGACGGGGUCGACAUCUUGAGGCAGUGUUCCGCCAGAGAAAAAGAGCCCUGCUGGCUAUGCGAGUGUCUCCCAGUCUGCAACAAAAUCCUCCACACUGCAUCGCUCCAGAUCACCGAAAGUGCCGACAGAGGGCUGGUGGUGGAAUGGGUUUUUGUUACAACACCAAAUGAUGCAGACACCUUGCAAGCGGAUUUCCUCAAGGACUGGUUGCUUAGCCGUCACAGCUGUAUUCAUACCGUCAGCAGAGCCGGAGACCUCCUCUCUGGCUCUCCGUAUCCAGGACUUCGAAGCGUUGAAGCGAGUUCAGUUUCGGGGCUUGGGCACCUGACCACGCUGGAGCACUUUUCAUUGUUUUCUGCAACACUAACGGACGCCUCCGUGGAAGAGCUUGCAGACACGUUGGGCAGGAACCACAACCUGAAGUCAUUCAAGAUAAUUCACAGUACUGUUCCCGAGUCCGGAUCGGAAAAGAUUCUUGCGAAGCUCGAGGGUUGUCCAUCCCUGGAGGCAGUAGAGUUAAGCUAUACCUCUUUGAGUGCUUCUGCUGCCCGUGUCCUCGCUCAGCUAUUGCGCACAAGCAAGUCGCUGAAGAAACUAACCAUGGAAGGGGUUAACAAGGAAUGCGCACGAAUUGCUCUCGAAGGUUUGCACGACGGAUCUUCGCUCGAAGAGAUUUACAUCUUUGGCCUGGAGCCACACGAGAUCCCCUUUUUUAUGAAAUAUUCUGAGGUCUUCAAGAACCUAAAGGUUGUACGCCUUCCCUGCAAUGAACUCGAUAACGCCUCCGCUUUUGAGUUUGCAGCGCUCAUCGAAGCCAGCGAAACCCUCGUAGAGCUUGGUCUCGACUCAAAUUCGUUCGGAGACGGGGGAGCCAUGGCUAUUGCAAAAGCCCUCCGACACAACAAGACUCUGCGCGAGUUGUCUCUUCCACAGGGCCAACUGACGUCCGCGUCGCUCGUCGAGUUUGUAAAUGCCUUGACUGUCAACACGACCUUGGAGCGCCUGGAUGUCUCAGAAGUCGACAUUCUGGAAGAACACCGCGCGAGGCUGUUUGAAGAUCCGAAAAGUGCCGGUGCCUUCAAGAGGAUCUUCGUGAUCUGGAAGCAGAAGUGGCUCAAGGACCUGGCGACGCUUCUGCGGCACGGCGACCACAUGCCGCAGGUCUAUGUCGACGUCGAUCCAGAAGUUCCUCCGGCAGAUCUGGAUGCCUUCUUCGACGCUUUGCUCGCCAGCCAUACCGUGACGGAAGUGAGCUUCUACCCAAAAGAGUUCUCGUUUGACCUCCUCGUCGACCGGCUUGCUGCACUUCUCAGAGGCACGACAACUAUCAGGGCCGUCCACCACCGUCUUUCUCCCGACGAAAAACACGAAGAGACGCACCUCGUCAGACUCCUCGAUGCUCUCCGGGACAACAGGAGCGUGGCAGAUUUCACGACGUAUGUUUCAUACCUCACAGUCCCCAUGGGCGUCGCACUCGGAAAGCUGCUGGAGGUCAACAAUACGCUGACUUCGCUCACCCUCUGCCAGUACUGGUCUGUGGAUCCCGAGGUCGCGAGGACGUUGGCAAACAGCAUGCGCCACAACUACACUCUCCUCGACCUGCGCAUCGAGUGGGACGCGGAGGACGUGGAAGGCUUGCCGGAGGUGUGGGAGGCGUUGCGGAGGAACAAGGCCCUCCUGUACCCCGCUGCAGAGUUCGUCACCGGGGAAGCUGAGGACGAACGUGCUGCCGAAGCGCUCCGGAAGGUCCACACGAGCUGGGCCUUAGUUGAGGAGGUGAUGAAGCGAACAGGGAAGCGGGAGGCCGAGGUCAGGCAGGACAUAGCGGAUGCUCUGAGCCGUCUUGGAGCGUUGUGAUUCUAAUGUCCUCGAACUGAUUCCUGUUAGAGAGCGGGUUUACAAGACACGUGAACUUGAAAUAUUUCUGAAUGCCACGUUGAUGAACUGAUGAACGUUGAUGCUCCAGUUUACUGCCAGGGUAUUUAGGAACAUAAAGGGGCACUUGGCCUUGUCCACUCCUUCGUGUUUGUUCUCUGUUUACUUAGGACAGACUAAUAUGAUUGUAUCGUUUAUUUAGGUCGGGGAAUAAAAAAGUGGGAGGAACGUCAGUCACUCACCACAGCGAAAUGCUCGUAAAUAUGUGGCAAGGUGUGACUACAUCGCUGGGAAAAUAUCAGAAUAAAAAAUAAUGGGAACACCUCCUAUCGGUUUCAAUUAACGACCCCAAACUGAGUGCUCUAAACCAUAUGCUUAUCAGAACUAAUCUACUGUCGGGAAGAAAA